GACCUGCGCAAAGGUUGCGACGCAUAGUAUCCCAUUUCCACAGGAAGGAACCGUUUGCAUGUCAGCCGACUGGAUUUCGAAGUUUUUAAUCGUGGAUUUUUCUGUAUUUAGUGAAAGGAAAUUAGUUAAAGGAUGACAGAAGAUAUCUUUAAAGCUCCUAAAAACAGGAAACCUCUGGGAAGAUCAGAAUAUGAGCAGACUGGAAGUUCGCCUCCAAAGAAAAAGAAAACCAAAGAAGAUUUUUAUGCUUUUUGUACCAUGAUUUUGGAUUAUACACAGUAUGAAUCAAAUAAACAUGAUGAAAUGAGGAGUCAACACAAUGCCAGUCCCUUAGACAGCAGUGGGAGUACUGCAGACAGUUAUACAUCAGACACAACCCUCUCAGCUGGUAGUCCCAGUCAUCUAUCAAUGGGGCCAGAUAUGCCGGAUUCAGAUGACGAGUCGUACGAGUUGAUAACGUGUUUCUGUAUGAAGCCUUACGGAGGAAGACCAAUGAUUGAAUGUUCAGUGUGUGAAACAUGGAUUCAUCUGUCGUGUGCUAAAAUUCGUAAAAACAAUAUCCCCGAAACAUUUGUCUGUAACAAUUGUAGAGACAAUCGCUUCACAAAGAGGAAAUCUUCACGGACAAGAAUUGAAAACAACAAAUUUGUUGUGUAGUUUAUAAUAGUGCUAUUGUUUUUGUUUACUAUUAUACAUGUUAUAUACAUAAAUUUUAUGUUUUAGAACAAAUCACCAUAUUUAUGUCUUUAAUGGAAAUUUAAUUCAUUUGCCCUCAAUAAUUCGUUUUUGUACAUCUGAAGAUUUUUAAACUGUCCUGUUACAAAUAUAAACAAUUUUAUCUUCACUAGAUUAAACAACAAAUGGUAUUUUUUCUGGAAAUAAGUGGUUAUUGAUAUAUUUAAGUGGUUUAUUGUCAGAAAUAUAUAUAUCAUACUUCUGUCUAUAUCUUGAGCAAAAAGAAAAUUAAAUUCCCAUAUAAGGACAUAAUGUGGUGAUAUGUUUAUCGUGCUGAGAAUAUGUCUAAAUCCAUACAGAAAUCUUCAUCUUGAUUUUUCCACUUCAAAACUUGGACAAUUAGUUUAUAAAGUUUUAGACUUCUUUAUUAUUUUUUUUUAGAAAACAAGAACAAGUUUUUAGUGAAGCAUUUAGAAUUAUGAAAGAUCUGAUAGAUAUUAUGUUUACAUUAAAAUGUUUUUAUAUUUGUAUGCACACAUGAUUUGUGAAUUAUAUUUCCCAUGAAAUUUUUUGAGAUGAAUAGUUCUUAACCAAUUGAAAUUGAAUUUGUCCAGUUUAUGGAGAGGAAACAUCAAGAUGUAAGCUUUCUGUACUUAAAUAAUGUUUCUGUCAGUGCUCAGAUUAGGGAGAAAUCGAGGGUCAAGGCAGCUAUUUUUGUGUUCAUUUGAAUUAUUUCAUUUGACAAAAUAAUUGUGUAUAGGAAAAUGAUAUCAUCAAAUUUAUUAUAAGAUAUAUUAUAUAAGUGAUAAGCUAUUUUUACAUGUACAUAUAGUUUCUAUAAUGCCAGUAUAUGGGAUCUCCUAAAUAUCUGAAAUCUUGACCUAGAUAUAUUUUCAAGCACUUUUUGUCUGUAGUGGUUUAUAAAUGUCUUGUUGGUAUACUUUAUCCUCAUUUCUUACAAUGAUUUGGUCUGCUGCAAUGAUCCUCACAGUCUAUUGUAGGGUAGGUUCCUCACUUCUCAUAUUUUUAGCACCACUCUUUAUUUACUUACUAUCAACAUUUAAUUUUAGAUCAUUUGAAACCAGUUUCAAAAUAAUUAUUAAUUAGGAGAGUUUUAGUUUAUUACUAAUAAUAAUCCACUUUUUAAUUUUUGUCAUUAGAGUUUAGAAUAUAUAUUCACAUGUGUAUAUAUAAAAAUAUUGUGAAAGGGUUAAAUUUAUGGAUAUUUGUCUUCAAUUGAAAUGAUAAUAUUUUAAGCACCAGCCUUCAAACAUUAUAUGGUGAUCCCUGAAAAGGUGAAAAUAGAUUAGUCACCACCCUUCAAACAUUAUAUGGUGAUCCCUGAAAAGGUAAAAAUAGAUAAGUUAUGAGAUUUUCACAGAAUCUCCCUUACAUAGAAAAUCCUUAUCAUUGUAACAAGUGUGUGUAAACUACAACAAGACAUGUAAACAAAUCCUGCCAAUUGUCAAAGAAUUGUAUAGUUACAGUUUUACAUUUGUUAUACUUUUAAAUAAUGUGAAUUAUGUUGAUAAUAAGAAUAUGUAUCUACUAUGUUAUGAAACUGUUUUGCCAUUGCAUUGAAGAAAUAAAUAACCAAUAAUAUUAGUAAACCAAGUUCAUUUUCCUUAUUAAAAUACUAGAACUCUUGAUAACACAGCUUUCAAAACGGGUUGAAAUCAUAUUAAAACAAUGUUUUUUCAACAUAAUUACAACCUAUUUUAUGCUUGGAAUUAUUGAGUUAAAAUUUCAAUUCUGAUACCUGAAGUUUCAUGAAGGUAACCAUAGCACAGUCAUUAGAAAAGUGGGAGGGGGAAUGUCAGUACUUAGUUAAGAAAUUAGACUGGUAGAUAUGAGAAAUUGUAUUCUAUGUGUAGAAACAUGUCAUAUAUGCAAGGGCAGCUUUUCAUGGUACAAAAUACAUUUUUCUUUAGAUUUCUAAAUUGAUCAACAUGAAAUUGUAAAUAUUGAAACUAGUACCUCAACAUUCCUCUGAAUGAAUUGUACAAAUUUCUUUUUGUAAAUAAAAAUAACAGUAGAUAUAUUUUACUAACUUAAAAUUUCCAUUGUUUGAGAAUCAUUAUGCAAUUGCAAACAAAGCUUUCAUUAGUCUUUCAUCUUUGUGUCUCUAAGAUAAAGCUUGGUUUCUUUUAUAUGUAAUAAAUUUAUCAUGAUGAUUACUUAUCUCAGUCUAGAACAUCCAUGUACUGAAUCAAAAUUUGUCAGAUUGUGCAUUGUCUGCUUGGAGUUUUUAAUGUCAUUAUUUACGUCCUACAUAGUUUUAGCAAGUAUCUUUUAAUUAAAACAUUUCUUGGAGGAAAGUGUAAAAUAUUGUUUAUACCUAAAAUAAUCUACAUAAUUUCAUUGUAAAUGAACACAUCAGUAUAAUCAUUGGCUCUAAGUCAUUGGAGUUAGACAUUUUAAAAUGUCAUUAUUUUGGUGCAUUUUCUUAAUGUUCAUGUGAUAUUGUUUUUAAACAUUAUAGGGAAACUGUGAACGGAAAAUAAUGAUAAUUUUUGCAUUGGCUUUAUAGAAUUUGAAUUGCAUUUGUGUAUCCAAAAAAAUUUAUGCGUCUAAAAGUAAAACCAAAACUAAUCCAAUUUUCCUUUUUGAAAUUUCUAUAAGUACUAAGAUAGGAAAUAAAUAUUUCUGAAGCAGAAAAUAAAAAAAAUGGAGUAUUUUAAUGUAGAGGGUCACAUACUAUUGAACCAUUUAUCUGAUUAAAUAAAACUCUUGGCAGACUAUAGGUACAUUACUUUGUUGCAUUGUAUUUUUACAUGAGGCAUUGGAGUAUUUUACAAGAUUUUAGUAUUUGUUAAGUUUUGUUUUUGAACGUUAUAAUUUAUUAUUUUAAAUUGAAUUACCUAAGAGUAAGGUUUCUAGGAACUUGCAUGUUUGUGCCAGUUUGUCAAAUCAACGAUGAAGUAUAAAAAGGUGAAUUUGAACUUUUCUUUUUACGUAAAAUUACAAAAGUUUUUAAGCAAAUCCUGAUUGAAGUAAAAAUUUAAAUUUAUGCAAAUAUUAGAUUUUUUUAAAAAUCAGUUGUUUACAAACCAACAUGAAUGUCUGUUAAAUGGCAGAAUACAAGUCUCCAUAGAAAUUUUUGAAGAUAAAAAUUGAACGCCUUGCUAUUCAUUAUUGACAAAACCUAGAGAUAUUAUACAUUUUGUAUAAAAAUUAGAAAAAGUUUUAGCAAAACUGUUGUAAAAAAUGUGAAUAAAAUUAUACAAAUCAA